AUGUCGGAGCUGAGCGAUGAAGCCAGCGAGUCGGAGCUGCUGAGCCGCAGCCUCUCCAUGUGGCACGGGGCCGGCCAGAUGAUCUGCCGGGAAGAACUGGACGUUCCCUUGGACUUGCAUACAGCUGCUUCUGUUGGCCAAUAUGAAGUGGUACAAGAGCGUAUUCAAUGUGGAGAUCUGGAUUUAAAUAAGAGGAACUGUGGUGGCUGGACUGCACUGAUGUAUGCCUCCUACAUUGGUCAUGACACCAUUGUUCAUCUGCUGCUGGAAGCAGGAGUGAAUGUGAACAUCCCAACGCCAGAAGGGCAGACACCACUCAUGCUGGCCUCCAGCUGUGGAAAUGAAAGUGUUGCUUAUUUCCUUCUCCAGCAAGGCGCGGAGCUGGAGAUGAAGGAUAUUCAUGGUUGGACAGCCUUAUUUCACUGUACCAGUGCUGGACAUCAGCAGAUGGUGAAGUUCUUACUGGACAAUGGUGCAAAUGCCAACUGCAAGGAGCCUGUGUAUGGGUAUACUCCUCUGAUGGAAGCAGCUGCUUCUGGCCAUGAGAUAAUUGUUCAGUACCUUCUCAAUCAUGGUGUAAAAGUAGAUGUGAGAGAUAACACUGGGGCUACAGCACGAACACUGGCCAUGAAGUAUGGACAUAUGAAGAUUGUGGGGUUGAUAGACUUGCAUACUGCCCCAGUGCCUAAGGUCUUCUGCAGGGGUCCAGGAAAAUAUGAAGAUUUGAGCUCUUCAGAUGAAUCGUGUUCUGCCCCUCAGAGGCAGAGACCCGUUCGUAGGAGCAAGGGUCCCAGCAUUCAUGAAGGGCCACAGGCUUUGGCCAAGAUAACAGCAGUUGGAAUUGGCGGAAAGAAGCAGUCUCGCUAUGAGCAGGUCCCUCUUCAGGGCUAUGUUACAUUCAAUGAUGAUGGCAGCUGUGGAGCAGAUGAUAUCCGGAAUCGGGAUGUUACCUCUCCAAUCAAUGAGCAGGAUGUGGAGAGCAGCAGCAGCAGGGAGGGGAAUGUUUUCUGCACCAACAACUUGACAGCCAUCAGGAGCAGCAGCAGCAGUAGUGAAUGUCUGCCCAAAGCCCCGGGCAUCAGCAGUGAAGGUUCCCUGGAGAGCAAUGAGGACUCUGACCAUGCAAGUAGUCCUCCUAGUUGGAAACAGGCCAAAAGCUUUAAGAUCAAGAACCGCUACAGCAACAGUGAUAGCCAGUGGACACACUGCCCUGGGAAACCUGGGAGCUCUAGUCAGCAUCUCAUCCUUCCUGAGCCUUCUGUCUACACAGGACCCCAGGACCUGGCAACGUUCCUUGAGCAGAUUGGGUGCCUGAAGUAUCUGCAGGUGUUUGAGGAGCAAGAUGUUGACCUUCGAAUCUUCUUGACCCUCACAGAGAGUGAUCUGAAGGAAAUAGGCAUCACCCUGUUUGGACCCAAGAGGAAGAUGACUUCUGCCAUUGCCCGUUGGCACAGCAACGCUCGACCCCCCAGCGAUGCCCUGGAGUUGGCCUACGCAGAUCGGCUGGAGGCUGAGAUGCAGGAACUGGCCAUUCAACUGCACAAGAGGUGUGAAGAGGUGGAGGUGAUGAAGGGCCAGGUGUGCCAGGAGCAGAAGCUGCGUGCGGUGGCUGAGAGCUGUUUGAUGGAGCGGGAUGAGACCUUGAAUGAUGUCCAGUGCCGUCUCAGAGAGGCUCAAGCUAUCACCAAGAAUGCUGGGGUCCUACUGGAUCAAAUCAAGUCCUGCCAGGCAGAGCUGUCUUCCCGGCUAACCCAAGAGCAGGCACUUGGAGUGCUAGACACAAAGGGGCAGCUUGGAACCAGUCUGAAAGGAUGGCCACCUUCCUUGAAGUCUCUGAGCUUGCCUGAGCUCUCAGCUGUCCUAGAGGAAUGUGUGGGAGAAAUGGGAAAAGCUCUGCAGACUGUGACUCAAAACCUGCAAAGGCUUCAAGCCCCAGGAAAGGGUGGGCAGAGCUGGCUGGAGCCGUAACACAACAGGACGGAAUACUGACGUCGGGUGACUGUUCCACCCGGAAGCUGAGUGUGCCUGGGAGAAUGAGCGCGAGGGCCGCGCUGGCAGGACCGCGGCGCGGCUGGGAGCUGCAGCGGCUGACGGAUAAGUGGAAGAAGGUCUCGGCCAUCGGAGAACGUGCCUGGGAGAACAAGGGAUGGCAGAGACAAGGGCUAGACAGCCCUGUGG